AUGCUGCUCGUCGCAUUGAAGCAAUGUCAUGUAUUACCGCAGCUUGGUCCAACUAAGGCGUUGGCACGCAAUUGCGUCACGUCGAUCGGAGAAGAGCACACGGAGGUCACAUGCAGUGACCAAGGCGAUAGAAAUCUUGCGCAGCGCACGUCACGUCGCACGUCGGACAACGGUGACCGUCUGGUCGACUUGUGCGAACAGACAGGCCUCAUCAUCGCCUCCACGUUUAAGAGGAAUCAUCGACGCCAUCAGCUCACGUGGCAGGGGUCAACCCUUUUAACGCCUGAAGAGCGGCGCAAGUGGAAGAUGAGGACUCUUAAGCUUCAGCUCGACUACGUUCUGACGAGGAACAUUCCUCAGUCAGAUAUCCGAAAAUCUAGAGCUGUUUGGGACGUCGCGUUCGACUCUGACCACCGUCCAGUUCUUCUCAGCUUCAAGAUACGGUUCCACAAGAGAAACCUAGGAGUUCCUCUUCAACCGAAAAUCGACAUGGCAGGUCUGAAAGACGAUGAAUGCAGAAGAAAAUUCCGCCAACGUGUAUCUAUUCAUGUUGUAGUACGGACCAGGAAGAAGCUUAGCGAUGCGGAUUCCUUCACAGAGUGCAUCCAGGACGCUGCAAAGGAAACGCUCCCAGUUCUAUUGCCGAGGAAGAAGUUUGCCUUUGCAUCUGCGGAAACAAAAUCCACAUACAAUUCUGUAUAUGUCGCGCGCAGCGCUGGUGACUUCAACCAGGAAAAGCGUCUUAGAAGGAAGCUGCGUCGUCAACUGCAACAAGACCGCGACAGGUUAUGGGCUUUGGCGAUUUGCGACGGACGACGGCUCCUUUUUGCAAUGGAUCUGCGGAGACAAGAUCCACGUACAAUUCUGUGCGUGUCAAGUUAUGAUUCAACCAGGAAAAGCGUCUUAGAAGGAAGCUGCGUCGUCAACUGCAACAAGACCGCGACCUUGCUGAACCGGGUAGCACCGUCAGCUCCUGAACUCGAACACGUUCAUAGACCGACAUAUGCGGUUAACGAGGAGCCACCGACCGAGUCGGAGGUCCUGGUCUGUAUUCAGAAAAUGAAGAAUGGAAAAUCUGGUGGAGACGACGGGAUUAGCGCAAAAAUGCUAAAAUAUCUUCCUCCGUCUGGGAUUCGUGAGAUGACAAAGAUCAUCCGUUCAAUAUGGAUAAACGAAAGGUUACCUGAUUCGUGGAGACACGCUAUCAUAAUUCCCCUCCACAAGAAGUUAUCCGUCACGGACCCAAGGAAUUAUCGAGGAAUCUCUUUGCUGCGUCUUAUGUACAAGGUACUGGAGCGCAUUAUCCUGGACCGACUCAUUAAACAUCGCGAAGAAACGACGCGCGACGAGCAAGCUGGCUUUCGUCCUGGCCGAUCUACGAUUGACCAGGUGUUCAUCGUCAGGAGAGUGAUCGAAAUCUAG